GAAGCCUACUUUACGUUUUUCGAGUAUUAGCAUAGUCACACAAAGUUUGUACAGACUUUCGUAGACCUCAUGAUGAAAAUCAAGAUGAGAGUUUUCUGUUGGGUUCUGUCGUUGUUCUGCGCUAUCAGGACGGAAGGAUUUGCAGUGGGGGCUCCUGCUAUGCCCCUAGUUGUCCAGUUGGGGGCGUCUGUAACGUUGCCCUGCUCUGUGGAUACCCCACUACCUCUGCAUGAGCUGGAGGUGCAGUGGAUGAGGGAGGAUUCUGGAUCCCUGGUGCAUUUGUUCCAGGAAGGAGAGAGUAGGCCAGAAUCACAGAGCCCAGCUUACAGCGGCAGGGCCGAUUUUUUCUCUGAAGAAAUCUCCAAAGGAAACUUCUCUCUGUUGCUUAGGAAUGUCACUAGUGAAGACAAAGGACUGUACAAGUGUGUAGUUCACACUGUUCACGAGUCCAAUGAAACAAAGGUGAAAAUAGAUAUUGAACGGCUGUUUGUGACUGGUGCAGACGUGCCAGUAUUUGCAUAUGCUGAUGAGGAUGUGAUUCUGAACUGCUCAGUGGACACCCAUGUUCCUCUCAAAGAGUUAGAAGUAGAGUGGAUAAAGACAAACGGGGAAAUCUUGGUGCUGCUGUUUUCUGAGGGGGAGAACAGACCAGAGUCACAGCAUGAGAGAUUCAGGGGACGUGCUGAGUUCUUCACUGAGGAGAUUCCCCAAGGAAACUUCUCUCUGAAACUGAGGGAUGUAAAAACAGAAGACAAAGGAGAAUUCAUGUGUAAAGUCCAUACAGACAGAGAAUCAGUCAACGCAACGGUAUGGCUACGAGAACUUGGAUUUGCAGUGGGGGCUCCUGCUAUGCCCCUAGUUGUCCAGUUGGGGGCGUCUGUAACGUUGCCCUGCUCUGUGGAUACCCCACUACCUCUGCAUGAGCUGGAGGUGCAGUGGAUGAGGGAGGAUUCUGGAUCCCUGGUGCAUUUGUUCCAGGAAGGAGAGAGUAGGCCAGAAUCACAGAGCCCAGCUUACAGCGGCAGGGCCGAUUUUUUCUCUGAAGAAAUCUCCAAAGGAAACUUCUCUCUGUUGCUUAGGAAUGUCACUAGUGAAGACAAAGGACUGUACAAGUGUGUAGUUCACACUGUUCACGAGUCCAAUGAAACAAAGGUGAAAAUAGAUAUUGAACGGCUGUUUGUGACUGGUGCAGACGUGCCAGUAUUUGCAUAUGCUGAUGAGGAUGUGAUUCUGAACUGCUCAGUGGACACCCAUGUUCCUCUCAAAGAGUUAGAAGUAGAGUGGAUAAAGACAAACGGGGAAAUCUUGGUGCUGCUGUUUUCUGAGGGGGAGAACAGACCAGAGUCACAGCAUGAGAGAUUCAGGGGACGUGCUGAGUUCUUCACUGAGGAGAUUCCCCAAGGAAACUUCUCUCUGAAACUGAGGGAUGUAAAAACAGAAGACAAAGGAGAAUUCAUGUGUAAAGUCCAUACAGACAGAGAAUCAGUCAACGCAACGGUAUGGCUACGAGAACUUGGAUUUGCAGUGGGGGCUCCUGCUAUGCCCCUAGUUGUCCAGUUGGGGGCGUCUGUAACGUUGCCCUGCUCUGUGGAUACCCCACUACCUCUGCAUGAGCUGGAGGUGCAGUGGAUGAGGGAGGAUUCUGGAUCCCUGGUGCAUUUGUUCCAGGAAGGAGAGAGUAGGCCAGAAUCACAGAGCCCAGCUUACAGCGGCAGGGCCGAUUUUUUCUCUGAAGAAAUCUCCAAAGGAAACUUCUCUCUGUUGCUUAGGAAUGUCACUAGUGAAGACAAAGGACUGUACAAGUGUGUAGUUCACACUGUUCACGAGUCCAAUGAAACAAAGGUGAAAAUAGAUAUUGAACGGCUGUUUGUGACUGGUGCAGACGUGCCAGUAUUUGCAUAUGCUGAUGAGGAUGUGAUUCUGAACUGCUCAGUGGACACCCAUGUUCCUCUCAAAGAGUUAGAAGUAGAGUGGAUAAAGACAAGGGAAAUCUUGGUGCUGCUGUUUUCUGAGGGGGAGAACAGACCAGAGUCACAGCAUGAGAGAUUCAGGGGACGUGCUGAGUUCUUCACUGAGGAGAUUCCCCAAGGAAACUUCUCUCUGAAACUGAGGGAUGUAAAAACAGAAGACAAAGGAGAAUUCAUGUGUAAAGUCCAUACAGACAGAGAAUCAGUCAACGCAACGGUAUGGCUACGAGAACUUGGUAAGUAACAUGACCACACACAAACUCACUCCAAAAUGUAGGCUACAUUUACCAGA